GUCAACUACUGAGCCCUGCUUGACUCAAGACCGGGUGAUACUAAAGACCGACGAAUACACUAAGCCCCAAACCCCCCACAGAAGCCCACAACUCAAGCCCACAAUGUACGACACGCAACAACCGCACCCCGAACCAAGCGACUCCGACUCUUCCGAAGAAAGCCCCCUUGCCAGCAUAUCCCCCGGAGAAAUCACCGUCGCAAUCUUCUGCGCCCUCCCGCUGGAGUCAGUAGCCGUGCGCUACGCCCUCGACGAAGAAUUCCACUGCCGCCCGCGAUACAACCCGCAAACCAAAUACGUCUUCAGCUACGGGCGCAUCGGCGAGCACAAGGUCGUGCUCGCGCGGCCGCAUCAAAUCGGCCCCGUCAAGGCGGCCCUCUGCGCCGCGGCGGUGGGCCAGCUGUUCCCGAGCGUGCGGUUCGCACUGAUGGUGGGCAUCGGGGCGGGGAUUCCCGGCAAGCGGGAUAUCCGGUUGGGGGAUGUUGCGGUCGGAGUGCCGAGGGAGAAUCAUCCGGGGGUGGUGGAGUAUGAUCUGGGGAAGUAUGAGAAGGACGGGUUCGUGUUGAAGGGGUCGCUGAACAAGCCGCAUCCCAUCCUGGUCAGCGCUGAUGGGGCGUUGGAGGAGGAGGAGAUCAUGGAGCGAAGGCCGCUGCGCCGGGUCUUGAGGGACCUGAUGAGAAGGCCUGGGUAUGGACGGCCGGAUCUGGAGGAUGUUCUUUAUGAUCCGGCGUUUCAUCAUGUCACUAAGGGGGAGGAUUGUCGGGCGUGUGAUGUGGCUGAUGAGAGGAGGGUUGUUGCUCGUCCGGUGCGCCCGGGUAAGCGGGGGUAUCCGGUUGUUCAUCGGGGGCUGAUACUUUCAGGUGGAGGUGUCAUCAAAAAUACCGAGGACCGCGAACGCCUCUGUCGAGGCCAUGACGACGCGAUCUGCUUCGAGAUGGAAGCAGCCGGGAUUGUGGAUGAAAUCCCCUGUUUGGUCAUCCGCGGGGUGUGCGAUUAUGCGGACAGUCAUAAACAGGAUGGCUGGCAUUGUUAUGCAGCGGCAGUCGCAGCGGCUUAUGGUAAGGCAAUUCUCCGUCGGAUCUGCGGGGCAGAUGUGGAAACAAUGCAAAAUUUGAGUGACGCGGUGCAGAGGUGUCUGGAAUAUCUUUAGCAAGUAGAAUCACUGACACUUCCCAUUAAGAAGAGGCCUGAUAGUAGCCUGUUAGGCAUUAGCAUUGAUGUUUCUAUGUUAUAAGUACUAUUUUUUUCUACACAGGUUGAGUGCCGG